GGGGCUCUACUAUCCUUCCUGCCAUCAACUCGAAUCCUCGCGGAAGUACUGACGUGUUCACACCAGUUUGCACGAGAAGUGGCUAGUGUAGCUAGCUAGGUAGAGCCGGGUAGUGACACAGCGGCCGUAUCAGAAUGUCAGAAGGGGACAGUGUUGGGGAGUCAAUCCAUGGGAAAUCAUCUGUAGUGGCUGCCUUUUUCACACGGAUUGGACAGGUCUAUCAGUCAUGGCUAGACAAGUCAACACCAUUCUAUGCAGUGCGAUGGGCAAGCACUCUACUACUUACUGCUGUCUACAUGAUCAGAGUGUACAUACUACAGGGUUGGUAUAUAGUAACAUAUGCUUUGGGAAUCUACCAUCUCAACCUGUUCAUUGCUUUUCUAUCGCCAAAAGUGGAUCCUUCACUGCUUGAUGAAGAUGAGGGCCCAUCCCUUCCUACCAAGCAGAACGAGGAGUUCCGCCCUUUCAUCAGGAGGUUGCCUGAAUUCAAAUUCUGGCAUUCGGCGACAAAAGGCAUCGUCAUCGCCAUGAUUUGCACAUUUUUUGAAGCCUUCAAUGUGCCAGUGUUCUGGCCUAUACUUGUAAUGUACUUCAUCAUGCUCUUCUGCAUCACCAUGAAGAGGCAGAUCAAGCAUAUGGUCAAGUACAGAUACCUACCCUUCACACAUGGGAAGAGAACAUACAAAGGCAAGGACGACACAGGGAAAACUUUUGCUAGUUAAAAUCUCCCACUUCCCCUUCCCCUCCUCGUUUUAAAUUAAUCGGUCACAGCUAGUGGGGAAUGACAAGGGUCAGAGAUUUAUUUUCUUUUUGUAAGCUGGAAAGUAACAUGAAAACAUAACAUAAAAAAUACAACUUUUGAUCCAUGGUCAGUGUUGAGGAUAUGAGCAGCGUGGAUCAAAUAAGUCUAUUAAGGGUUAGGAUUUUUUUGUUUUUGUUUUGAGGACCCCGAUCCUCAUUUUAGGAUUGGUCUGCAUUUGUUCAGUAGUUUGGAGACUAAGUGCUGCCUUUUGCCUUUUUAACCCCAUGGGGUAAGUAUAAAGUCACCAAGAAAGAUCCACACUGAAAAAAAGUUGCUGUGAAAUUUGUGAUUUUUGUUUGUUUAUUUUUUCAAUGAUGGUGAUUCCAGUACAUCUCCUUCUCCCAAGUUAAAUAAAUCUGCCAAUUUUUGAUUAAUAUAUUGGCACCUACUUUUUUGUAACAAGUUAAAUAUUGAAAGUCAGUAGUGUAAAAAUAACAACAUGAUUAGAUGUGUAAGAUGAAAUCUGAAAGAAAACGCAACGGUCUCCGAGUUGAGUCAUUUCAUUUUUUGUGAUAAAAGUGUGCGACUGCUCUGGCUCACAAGUGUCUCAGGCAGUUGGCCUUUGUACUAAAUGCAGACACUGUGAAAUUAGUCGUAUUUCACUUGAAUAUGCAUUCAUGACGGACAGAAAAAUGGCUAUAAAAUUGAAUCUCUUAAAAUAAUUGACACUCUGCAGAAAUAUUUUUUAUUUAUCUUGAAUUGGCAACUAAUGCAAUUCUGUGUAUUACCCGAUUCUCACUAGCAUAGCCAGUGGAGCAAGCAUCAAUAUGAAUGAUUAACAGUGAAUUUUCAGCUAUCAACCACAUCAUUCAAUGCAUAAUUCAAAGAGAGCGUCCCUAAUCCCAACCUAUUUAGUCUCCUGUAGCUUGUAGUCUACCUUUUGAAUCAGUUCUUUUUACUUUUGCGCCUUUGUAGAGUUUAACAGAUGGGAUACUUUGUCGUUAAGCAACCCUAUAAACCAAAUUAUUUAGCAUUAUUUAGGGGGCAUUGAAAUGGCAAGUCAAUGAAUUUAUUUUAUGUUGGUUCUUUUACACCAUGAUGUGCAUAAUUCUAAAUAUACUUGUCUUCAAAUGCACAGCCAGUAAUCAAGUCCAAUUCAUAACGAGGUCUAAUCUGAAAUAAUAGUCAUGCAAUUACACGUUUAUCCCGAUGACCCCGAUUUUCUCUUUGAAACAUUUACCCAUCUGGGUUUCAAAGCCUGGGGUCCAUUCGAUUUAUGUAGACUAGCUGUUGUUAUAAUCUGUUUACUUUGAAAAACAUUAUGAUAAAUAUAGUCAUUCCAAGCAAACUUUUGUUCUCUUUCUUUUGCAGAGGACACAUAAGAAAACAGAGAUUGAGAGCUUUUAUUAUAACAAAUGGAUGAAGUGGGUGGUGAUCGUAACUUUCUUUUCUAUAAACCUGUUUUUUUUUUUUUCUCCAUUUUUAUCAGACUGCUGGGUAUUAUCUGUCAUUACUAAACUUUGAUCAGCACUGUAAGGGAUCAAUACAUUUUCCUGUAAAAAGUUUGUUUCAAAGGGUUGUCUGGAGGAUUUGUAUGUGUAUAUAUAUAUAUUUUAAAAUAUGAAAUUUUUUUUGAGAUUAUUUUUAUUUUUUUCUUCCAACCACCAUACUGUUUCCAAGUGUUUAAAUCCAUUUCAGUUGAAAUUGAUGAAAGCAGAACUGGUUAAUUGGGUUCUAGAUUUGAUGAAUUAAAUGUUUCUCAUGGAUUGCAUGUUAUUGUUUUCUUGUGCUACAGUUAUAAAACAAAAACUUGAUUUUAUUAACUUAAGUGUAAUUUUUUUCACUCCAAAUGCUAUUAAAGAGGCUGUGUCCCUUCAAACAGUG